AUGUUGUUAGUUGAGCUUUUCUUAACAGGAUUGAUUUCUAUAGUGUUAAUGUCUUUUGCAAGGAUAGAUAUAUUAAUAAUAGCUAGUGGCUCUACAAUAAGAGUAGUAUCAAAGACGGAUAUUUCAGUUAGUAGUAGAAGUUCAAAUUCUAAAUCGUCAUCAGAAUCUGAGAAAGAAUUUUCAUUAUUAAUCAAAUUAUCAGUUUUAACUCUAUAA